AUGAAGUUGUUGGUAGCUAUCGCCGUCGUCGGGGUUCUCGGAGGCUUGCAAGCUAUGCAAACCCAACACCUAAUCAAAGCAGCCUCGCUGACUGAUUGCGGAGGUCCGAAUGCUCUGCUCACCUUUGAUCAAGUUACUCUGAGUCCGGACCCUGUGAAAUACCCGGGUUCCAUAAACCUUGAGCUCGGCGUAACUGUUCAUUCGGAUAUUCCCCAAAACGCCUGGGUUUACAUGGAGUUCGUUAAGCAAGGCCUCAUCCCGAUCUCGUUGCCUUGCCUUGGUGAAACCGGUGCUUGCCCCUUCGAGUUCUGCCCCGCUGUCCUGACCAACCAGGAGACCUUCUGCACAGUGUUGCCAACUGAUGAGAAUGGCAACUGCAGUUGCCCAAUUGUCCCGGGAACAUACGCCCCGUCGGGUCCGAUCUCCUUGGAAAUCCCCAAUUUUGGCAGCUUGGUCGGAGCUCUCCUUGCCGGAAACUACAAAGGGCUGAUUGAAUUGCAUGCACCCGGAAACCGAGCUGAGAAAUACGGAUGUUUGGAUUUGUCCUUCAGGAUGGAGUUGUAAAGCGAGACUUGAUACUGCAAUAAAAAACCAUUCCAAUUUUUACUCCGCCAUUUUUUCCCCUCGUGGAUUCAUUCAAUUGGACAUUGGGUACAAAAAUCUAAAUCGUAUUCAGCUACAACAGAGUAUCAUGCUGUAAACUGCAAGAAAUGAUAGUACAGUACACUAAAGUGUUUGAGUUCGAGUUGUAAUGCACAUUUCUUCAGCACUC